AUGAAUGAGAUCAACAAGAAUGCCAACCUAUUACCCAACAUCACGCUGUCUUCCAUCUUCGCUCAAAAUGCUAACAAUGAGAGAGGAACCUCUUAUGGGACAAUGGAUCUCCUUUUCCUAAGACAUGGCAGCCCCAUUAACUAUAUGUGUGGAAAGUCAUUCAAGCUAAUGGCCAUCAUUGGCGGGCUCACACCUCAUAACUCCAAACAGAUGCCCCACAUCUUAAAUAUCUACAAAAUGCCACAGGUGUGUCUGUCUGCCUAUAUGUACAGGUGUGCAUUCCUCACAUAUAAGCUCUACCUGGAAGCUCUAGGAGACUGUACUGGGGAAGAGAAGUUGAGGAACCUCCCUGGAACUGAGUUUGAAAUGGGGAUGUCUGGUCAGAGCUACAGUAUCUACAAUGCUGUCUAUGCUGUUGCACAUGCUCUUCAUGCCAUGAUUUCAUCAAGAUCUAAGAAGAAGGCAAUGGGAGAUGGAGCCACAAGGAACCUUCUCAAUAUUCAUCCAUGGCAGCUUCACUCCUUCCUGAAAUACGUCCGCUUCAACAAUAGUGCUGGGGAAGAAAUAUUUUUUGAUAAAAAUGGAGAGUUGGCAGCUGGAUAUGAUAUCAUCAACACCAUCACAUUCACCACUCAGUCCAUCCACAAAAAUCAUGUUGGAGGGAUUAACCCCCAGGCUCCCAAAGGAAAACAGUUCACCAUCAAUAGAAGUGCCACUGUGUGGAAUCACAAAUUUAACCAGAUCCUACCCAAAUCCACAUGUGUUGAGAGUUGCCAUCCUGGACACAGUAGGAUCAUGCAACAGGGGGAACAGAUCUGCUGUUAUGAUUGUCCUCAGUGCUCUGAAGGAACAAUUUCAAAGCUGAUGGAUGCAGACCACUGCAACAAGUGCCCUGAGGAUCAGCACCCAAACAAGAAACAGGAUCACUGCAUCCCUAAACAUAUCAUCUAUUUAUCAUAUGGAGAGCCCUUGGGGAUAAUUCUGGCUUCCUUUGCUCUUUUUGUUUCUCUGGUCACCCUUGUAGUAAUGUGGACUUUCAUUCAACAUCAGAAUACACCCAUCGUCAAAGCCAACAACUGGAACAUCACAUGCACCCUCCUCACAUCCCUAUUGUUUUGCUUUCUGUGCUCCUUCUUAUUCACUGAACAGCCUGGGAAGGUGACCUGCCUUCUGCGUCAAACAGUGUUUGGAAUCAUCUUCUCCCUCGCCAUUUCUUGCAUAUUAGCUAAAACCAUCAUUGUGGUUCUGGCUUUCAUGGCCACCAAGCCAGGAAACAAGAUGAGGAAAUGGGUAGGGAAGAGACUGGCAGUCUCAGUCAUCAUCCUCUGUACUCUUAUUCAAACUGGCAUAUGUGUUCUAUGGUUGGCAACCUCUCCUCCCUUUCCAGAGUUUGACAAGUACUCCAAAAGGGAUCAGAUGAUUUUGCAAUGCAAUGAAGGAUCAGUCCUCAUGUUUUAUACUGUCCUGGGCUACUUGGGGCUUCUGGCCAUCAUCAGCUUCACAGUGGCUUUCUUUGCCAGGAAGUUGCCUGAUACUUUUAAUGAAGCCAAACUCAUCACCUUCAGCAUGUUGGUCUUUUGCAGUGUUUGGUUAUCUUUUAUUCCAACCUACUUGAGUACUAAAGGAAAAUACAUGGUAGCUGUGGAGAUCUUCUCCAUCUUGGCCUCUAGCACUGGGUUGCUGGCUUGCAUCUUCCUCCCCAAAUUCUACAUUAUUGUCCUGAGGCCUGAGCUGAACACUAGGGAUCAGCUUGUAAGGAAAAAGAAUUGUGGUACCUGA